AUGAAUUCUCUUCUUCAGUCCCUCAUGGUUGGUUUUUUCCUCAUCCCUUCCCUUGUAUUUCUUUACUACCUCCAAAUAUGGAGGCGAAAAAACCCUAGUAUUAACACUAGUACUACAAGGAUUGCACCCGAAGCAGCCGGGGCAUGGCCAAUUAUUGGUCACUUUCAUCUAUUAGGAAAGAACGCAGUUCCGCACAUCACUUUAGGAGCAAUGGCUGACAAAUAUGGACCAGCGUUCACAAUCCGGCUAGGUUUGUAUCAUGCAUUGGUGGUGAGUAGUUGGGAAGUAGCAAAGGAAUGUUUCAGUAUAAAUGAUAGAGCUCUAGCUGGUCGACCCAAGUCCAUUGCCAUUAAGUACAUGGGCUAUAACUAUGCCUUAUUGGGAUUCAGCCAAUACGGACCAUAUUGGCGUGAGGUUCGCAAGAUAGCUACGCUUGAGCUUCUCUCAAAUCGUCGGCUUGAGAUGUUCAAGCAUGUUCGAAUCUCAGAGGUUGAAUCAUCCAUAAGGGAGUUGUAUGAGAUGUGGGUAGAGAAGAAUAACUCUGCAUGCUCGGUUCGGGUAGAUAUGAAGAAAUGGCUUGCGGACUUGACACUCAAUAUUAUUGUUAGGAUGGUGGUCGGAAAGAGAUAUUUUGGGAACGAUACUGCGUGCAAUAUGGAUGAAAGGCUGUUAUGCCAAGAAGGAAUUAGAGAUUGCAUUCAUUAUCUAGGCAUAUUUAUCAUGUCAGAUGCUCUACCCUUUCUUGAGGGAUUGGAUGUGCAAGGAUAUGAGAAACAUAUGAAGAGGUCGGCCAAGAACAUGGACUCUAUACUCCAACGAUGGCUGGAUGAGCAUAGGCAAGACAGAUCAUCCAUGAGCAGCACCAAGAUGAGGAUUGAACAAGACUUCAUGGAUGUUAUGAUAUCCAUCAUGGAAGACUCUAAGCUUGAUUAUGAUGCGGAUACUGUCAUCAAGGCGACUUGCUUCAAUAUGAUUCUAGGAGGCAAUGAUAGUAUUGAGGCGAUUCUUCUAUGGGCUCUUUCACUAUUACUCAACAAUCGUCAUGUACUGAAAAAAGCACAAGAGGAGUUGGACAUGCAUAUCGGUAAGGACAGAAAGGUAGAUGAAUCAGAUAUCAUUAAAUUGGAAUAUCUCCAAGCUAUUGUCAAGGAAACAUUGCGAUUAUACCCGGCAGCUCCAUUAACAGCACAUGAGGCCAUGGAAGAGUGCACUAUAGCUGGUUAUCGGGUCCCGACUGGCACCCGAAUAGUGACAAAUCUAUGGAAAAUCCAUCGAGAUCCACGUAUAUGGUCUGACCCAUAUGAAUUUCGUCCAGAGAGAUUUCUUACAAGCCACAUAGGCAUUGAUUUUCGAGGUCAAAAUUUUGAAUUAAUACCGUUUGGGUCUGGAAGGAGAAUGUGUCCUGGGGUUUCUUUUGCUACUCAAGUUGUGCACUUGAUUCUUGCCCGUUUGCUUCAAGGGUUCGAGCUUGGAACCCCUUCAGAUGAACAUGUGGAUAUGACAGAGAGCUCAGGGUUAACCAAUCUCAAGGCAACCCCACUUGAAGUCCUUCUCAUCCCUCGUCUUCCUUGCAAGCUUUAUCAAAUGAAUGAGAUGAAGCAUAUCCAUCAAUCUUAA